AUGUCACCGUUAACGGACAGCUCACUGAAUUCCAAGCCUCGGGGGACGCCGUUCCGGGAGGCCACCCCAAAACCGCGUCAAAUACGAAUGACUUAUGUAGCGGAGAUACUACUCGGAUUAUUUGUUCCUUGGGGCCAGUUACCAGCGCUUUUUCAAGAGCACGCUAACGAUGUGCCGACGAAGCGCGAUGCCUGCUCCCACAUAUGGAAAAUUGUAGAGCUGACGCUCACCCCGCAUAUUCGAGGAUUUGCAGCAAAUAUUGAGCUCCUGCGGCAGUCUAGGGAAGACAGUCUAGCUGAUGCGAAACUUCAUGAAGCGCCAGUUCGCGUUGAUAGUUCAUUUGACCGCGAUAUUGAUGAGCUCAGAAUAGACAACUUUGACUCCGAUGCUGACGAUUCUCUUGCGGACCUGGAUGAAAGUCUGAUCGCGGCCUAUCACACCAUCGCUAAAAGUUGGGACCGUGAAACGCUUCUUGCUGGGCGACGCAUCCCUUCCUUGAUACACGCAACAACUAUCAAUCGAGGACCGCCGCUGCAUAACCUUCUGCCUCUCAGCGAGUUUGAGAUCCCUGCGUACAGGGCCUCUGGCCUCGCCUUCUUCCCGCCAUCCACUUUACAGCAAUGGGAGUCUCGACUCAAAAAACAGGCUAAGUUUGGUGAACAUGGAGCUGUACAUAGUGGAGAGCUUGAAGGGGACUAUGAACUGGACGGCUUUAGUUUGGACAUUGGCGAUGCUAUCUUGGAGCCUAUGCUUAAUGAGCCGGAAGUGAUCCCUACCCUGGCUGACCAGAAGUCCUAUGUACAGGACAGUUCCACGCCUACCUCUCUAACUUUACUUGUCACCGAAAGUAUGCCCUUGAAUGCUAAACAGCGCCUGGUUGUCAGAAAGGUGUUAAGCGAAGCACUGGACUGGGCGAACCAUCCUUACGAUGCUUUGAAACGACAUCAAACGCUUCUUUAUGUUGGGGGUGAAGGAGGCGUGGGUAAAAGCGGAGUCCACCAAAGGCCACUAGACUCCAUACACUGCUUUGUUCCAUUGCGCGAGGAUUGGCAUUGGUAA